AUGUCUUUGAAUAAAAGUGAUCAAAAAAAAAAAGAAGAGGCAUUACCAGAGACAGAAGAAUCUAUUAAAGCCAACAACCAAUUACAAAAUCAACAAGACCAACAAAAAAGCAUAAACGAAACACCACCAUCAAGCAAUAUUGAUAAUACUGGUAAUAAGUUAGCGUCAUCAAUGGCAACAAGUGUGGUGAAUAACAAUGAUGACUCUAGUACUUUAGAUAAAUCAAAACCUAUUUUAUCAAACAAUAACAAAAAUUAUGUAAUUAAAAUCAAAGAAAUUGAACAAGUGCCUGAUGAGAAUUCAAUAUUUGAUGAGAAUUUGAAUAAUCCUAACAUUAUUAGAAAGCUUUCAAAUGCUGAGGAAGAUGUAUGCUAUCCUAUAAGACCACUAAAUAAAAAAGAGGGAAUAGAUUUUGAAGCAUUGGAAGAAUAUAUUAGAGAAGAAAAUGCAUUGAUGGCUAAGAAAAAGAAUAAUAUCAACAAUAAUGAUGAUGAAACAAAACCAACUUCAUUAAAAAGACGAGUUAGUCAAUAUGCUGAAAGAAUUAAGACAGGAACUAUACGAACCAACUGUUUUUCAGAGAUCCCACCAAAAGGUCAAACAAUGACAGAAUUAUUAAAACAAGGAUAUUUUUGGAUUGAUGUAUUAUCACCAACUGAUUCAGAAAUGAGGAUUUUAAGUUCGAUUUUUCAUAUUCAUCCAUUGACAACAGAAGAUAUUGAGACUGAAGAAUCACGAGAGAAAUGUGAAUUAUUCAAAAAUUAUUAUUUCAUUAAUUUUCGAUCAUACAAUCAAAACAAUUUUAAUCCAUCAGAUGAUAUUGAACCUAUAAGCAUGUUUAAUGUUGUCAUGAGAGAAGGGAUACUAUCAUUUAUUAAUAUGAAGAAUAUUUCAUAUUGGAUCAAUUAUGCUUUAAUUGAUGAUAUAACUGAUUCAUUUGCACCACUUAUACGCCAAGUAGAGUUUCAAUCAGAUGCAAUUGAUCAAUUGGUGUUGGUUCUUAAGAAUUCAGAGCAACAAGAUAUGUUGGUGAGGAUAGGAAUUUGUCGUAAGAUGGUGAUGACAUUUUUAAAAUUGUUGGGUACAAAAGCAGAUGUUAUCAAGGCAUUGAUUAAAAGAUGCGAAGAAAUAAAUGCAACAGGUGGUGAGAAAAAUGAUCAUAUUAUUACAAUGUUACAGAAUCUUAAUCAUUAUGAAUUGAUUUUGUCACGAGCACAUUCAAAUUAUCUUGCACAAAUAUCUAUUGAAAUUACACAACUUAGUAACAAAACCAAUGAGAUUAUAAAUAAGUUAACAGUAUUUGCCACAGUACUUGUACCAAUGAAUGUUGUAACAGUACCUGGUCGAGAUGUGGACGAUCUCUCAUGGUUUUUCUCAAUUGUUGGAGCACUUGCAUUUUUUGGAUUGAUAAGUUACUUCAUAAUAAUGAGAAUACAAAAAUCAUUAACUUGA